UUCUCUGGCACCCUAUCAUGGCGGACUUUCAGCUCCAUGUCAAACGUCACUCUGUUCCAUUCGUCAGCGGUAGAAUCGGGAAUCCUGAUCCCAACUCUACAAUCCUUGGUUGGAAGACUGGAAGGCUACCAGAAGACACAGUCUUCAUUUUUGGGGCUCUUUGUUUUAGCCAAUCAAGCUUAUUCUUGCUCACCGGGAGACGGAUGACUUUUAGUCUCCGGAACGUGGCGGUGGACUUUAGCCCCGUGGCUAGCUAGUUAGCUAACAACUAGCUGCGCUGUGACGUUAACGCCCCCACCCUCCUCCUCCUCCUCCUCCUCCAACGUUAGCUAGGUAAGGAACAUUCUCAGGUGAGUCAAGCGAGUUUGUGCACCUGCCGCCCUUUUUUUCUCCUGGCCUCUUGUUCCAUCGUCAGACAGAGCCAUGAUGUCUGUGUACAUGGAGCUUUCAUCUCGCCGGAAAGACGUUGGUGUCACGUGGGACUGUCUUGUCGCCCGCCGGGUGUACCCGAGAUAAAACCUCCGGAUUCCUGUUAAAUGGCUGCCCCAGCACAGCCACAAGCGCACAGUUUGCAGUGACUUCCGGUGUGCCUGAAUGUGAAAUCUGCCGGUGAGGACGUUGCAGCUGCCCCCACCCCCUCCCCCUCCCCCCUAGGAGCGCACCUGAGGGGUCCUGGUAUGUCGCUGUCGGGGUCCACGGGCGUGCAGCUGUUCACCAAGCUCGCAAAGCACGCCGCGGGCAAGGCGCAGAUACAGCUGAACCGCUGGCUGCAGAGGAGUGCCGCCGCCAAUGAGUCUGACAAAAUCGACCUCCUCAUAUGCGGCGCCUUGGAUGAGCAAGGACCCGGCGCGGCGGGGAGGUGCGACGGUGACCCAGAGGUCUUGGCCGAUGUCACAGGGCUGUCGUCCUUUGGCGGCGAUUUCAGGCACCCGUGCUGCAUCACCACCUUCUGCUUCAAGAGCGCCGUGCUGGCGUGCAUUCUCACCGCCGUCUGCUUCUCCUCGGUGGCACUGGUCCGCCAGCACCUCAAGGACCUCCUGCUGUGGGUGGAGGGCCUGGACAGCCUGGUGGGCGCCUUGCUGUUUGUGGUGGGCUUCAUCCUGGUCUCCUUCCCGUGUGGGUGGGGCUACAUCCUGCUGAACGUGGCGGCGGGCUACCUUUACGGCUUUGUGUUGGGCUUGGGACUCGUCAUGGUGGGGGUCCUCAUCGGGACCUUCGUGGCCCACCUGGCGUGCAAGCGGCUGCUGACGGACUGGGCGCGCAACAAGGUGGGGAACAGCGAGCAGCUCAGCGCCAUCAUCCGAGUGGUGGAAGGAGGGAGCGGACUCAAAGUUGUGGCCUUAGCGAGACUCACCCCCAUUCCCUUUGGACUCCAAAAUGCCGUUUUCUCUAUCACAGAGGUGUCCUUGCCAAACUACCUGGUGGCGUCCUCCGUGGGCCUCCUGCCCACCCAGCUGCUCAACUCCUACCUGGGCACUACGCUGCGUACCAUGGAGGACGUCAUCGCCCAGCAGAGCAUCAGCGGCUACCUCCUCUUCUGUCUGCAGAUGCUGGUCAGCAUCGGCCUGAUGUUCUACGUGGUGCACCGCGCCCAGGUGGAGCUCAACGCCGCCAUCGCCGCCUGCCAGAUGGAGCUGCGCUCCUCGCGCAUCAACGGCUCCACCGACCACCACGCCGGCUUCACCUACUGCAGCAAGAGGGCGCCGUCCGGUGGGGGCGUCAACGUGGUGUAGAAGAACCCCCGACUGUGCUGCACGCAGCCUUGGACCUUGAGGAGCUUGCCUGCAGCACCAGGAGAGUAUUCUUGUAGUACCAGGAGAGUAUUCUUGUAGUACUUACAGGAGAUGUCAAUCAGUUGACCUUGAAUGUGACCUCUGAAGCUUGUAGACAAGCAGAGACUUGACGUAGUCGCUGUUGUUGGUGUGACACCAAGCUAUGCACCCCCCCCCCCCCCCCCCCACCCCGACAUGAAGGCCGUUUGUGCUUGUAGUUGAGUGUCUUAUUUGGGAUCCCGAUGAGAGCAAAGCAGGCGCUCUCAGGUUCUUCCCGCGCCCUCGCAGAAUGCCAGACUAGCUUCCCUCUGCAGGACGGGGAAGAGCACCCAUCACCUCGGGCUCAGGCCGAAUCCAUCAUGACCGCCGGAAGCGUUACGCAAGAUGGAGAUGCCUGGUCAGGCUGCGUUGGACAUGCGGCACGACAGAAAGAAUCUGUGUGGGCGCCAGUGCACCCCCAGAUCAGAUCAUAUAAUAUCAUAUCAUAUCAAUGCAAGCAAGUAGGAAUACUUCAAUCAUCCAGUAUUCUAGUGACGUUUUUGUCGAUGAAUGGAGUCACACAGGAAAAAACAUAUUUUUGCUUGGUAAAAUAGCAAUAAUACUUUGACGUGACGAAAUAAAACAUGUCACUAAAUAAGGAACCGUCAAUUGGUUGAACUUGUUUGGUUUUAUUUCUCAAAUGGACACGCUGUAUACGUAGUGGACCUGGGGGUUAUUUGUAGGGCUACAUGUACUAGAUGUCUUAAAUGGACACGCUGUAUAGUGGACCUGGGGGUUAUUUGUAGGGCUACAUGUACUAGAUGUCUUAAAUGGACACGCUGUAUAGUGGACCUGGGGGUUAUUUGUAGGGCUACAUGUACUAGAUGUCUUAAAUGGACACGCUGUAUAGUGGACCUGGGGGUUAUUUGUAGGGCUACAUGUACUAGAUGUCUUAAAUGGACACGCUGUAUAGUGGACCUGGGGGUUAUUUGUAGGGCUACAUGUACUAGAUGUCUUAAAUGGACACGCUGUAUAGUGGACCUGGGGGUUAUUUGUAGGGCUACAUGUACUAGAUGUCUUAAAUGGACAUGCUGUAUAGUGGACCUGGGGGUUAUUUGUAGGGCUACAUAUACCAGAUGCAAUCGAACACACAACAAAACAGCAGUAAAGAAGUUUUGAAUAAUUGACACUUGGCAAUAAAGAUCAUUUUAGGAUUCAUUCAUAUUUCUGUUCAUUGAUUCAAUUGCAUAUCAAUGACGUAGCAUCCAUGAUACGCGGAGCGUGUUGACUGCUGGUUAGCAUCCAGUUUAGCCAGCCGGACAAAAGGAUCGGCGCCGCAGCGGAUUCAGUGUGAGCCCCGGGUCGGUGCACAAAGCCAACAAAGCAACAAUGAAGCUAAACCACAUUCACGUGUCUUCGUGUGCCAUCUACAGCUUUUCACACCACCUGACUUCCUUACUACACACCGACACUACAACCUCGCACACACUGGCGGGGCCGGGCGCGGCCUGGCGGGGCCUGGCGGGGCCUGGCGGGGCCUGGCGGGGCCUGGCGGGGCCUGGCGCGGCCUGGCGGGAAAGACAGAUUGUAAUGUAGUAGUUUAGUGCAGGGAUGUCCAGACGGCAUAUUGACAAAUGAAAGGCUGCGAGGGAACAUUUUGAUAUUUUUAUUUUUUUUCAUUAUGAUUUGCUAUUUUCUUUCUACAUUGGGACUUUUUGCUCUAUUUUCCCCAUUAUUGCUGCUUUUUAAAAAAAAAAAAAAAAAUCUAUUUCUACAAUGUGCUGUUAAAAAUGGACAUCCCUGACAGGUAAACCACACACGUUCAUUUGUGUUCAUACAGCUGCUUUUCUGGGGAAAUAUUGUCAGGAUAAAAUAAGUGUGAAUAAAAAGUGAUGCAAUAAAAUCAAGUUCCUACGUUGCAGAAUAAAGUACCACAUUGACCAGAUGACCAGCUGGAAUAUGGGAAGAAAAUCCAAAAUGAUGUUUUGGGUAGUGAUGUCCGAUAAUAUCGGCUACCGAUCAUUAUUGGCUCGAUACCAGCCUAAAAAUCUUAUAUCAUUGAUAUCAGUAUUGGGAUUUUGCCUUUACGAGAGCCGAGGUAGCGCAUGUAGCAAAAUUCAGUUGACACUAAUCGAAAGGAUAUCAAGUACGAUUGGGUGGUAUGGACCUCAGCAUAGAUCAGGAUAUUAUUGGAUGUAUCACCGUAUUAUGAAAUACAUGGGUCUCCAAUGGUAAAGCACGUGUAUUUAUUGGCAACAAUCUGGCUAACGCUUCUAAUGGGAUGUCUGCACCAUUGCUACUAAACCUCCAACCAACAUGAAGGAAGAUGUAGCCACCCAUGCCAUGCCUCCUGCGUAUGGAAGAUAUUUUAUGACACUCAUUUUGUUCAGGCAGACGUCGGGGCAGCUCUUUUUUGUGUAUUUACGUACGUCCAAGUUCAAACAUAACCAUGCUUUCACUGCACGUGGGCACAGGGCAGUGUACAACCUUCAACUUUCCUUCCAUUUUAAAGCCCCGAAACACAAGCUGGUGGAAAUCUACUCAUCCAGCCCUAGUCACGUAGACCCGUCAACAUGUACACAUUUAUAGUACUCAACAUGAACUUUGACUCCCCAAUACGCUUGUAUGCUCUGCUUUUGUAGUAUUUCCCUGCUUUCACUACUUUCACCUUCAGUCAGUCCGGUACACGUACAUGGUACAUACUACUUUCUAUACUAUUUCAAAUCCCUGUGUGUCCUUUGGGGUGGGGGGGGUAUGACAGAGAGUAUUGGUUGAUAUUGGAAUCGGAUAUUGUGAGUUUGACAAUAUCGGACAUCCCAAGUUUUGAGGGUAAAAAAUACUACAUCCUAAGCCGUAAAAGCUGUAAUAUUAUGGGAUAAUAAUAUAUAAUAUAAUAAUAAUAUUAUCAUCGUACUCCAAUGUACCAAGAGGUUGGAAUAUGGGAAUAAAGUUACACAAAUGAUCUAUUGAGGGAAAAAGUGUACCAGCAAAAAAACCUUUAUAAUACCAUAUAGUAGUACAUAGUAGUAGGAAGUACCAUUGCAACAAGAGUACAUUUCCAGUAUUUGGGGAGACGGGAGAUGAGAAGAAAGGAGACAAGGUGUUCCUACUGGACGGGAAUGUGGUCAUGUUGGAUUUCUGACAAAGUACUGUAGUACUGCAUUUCUGACAAAGUACUAUAGUACUGCAUUUCUGACAAAGGGGAUCGUUUCAUGGAAGACCAAGUCUGGUAUUUCUCCUAAUCCUAAUCCAGCGUUCACUCCUUCGUCGUUAGCAGGAAUAUUGGCGUUCCUUUUCUUUCUUCCGCUGGCGAUGGCGGCCAGGAUGGUGGAUGUGGAAGUAAGCGUGGUGGAUAAGAUGGUGGAUAAGAUGGUGGAUAAGAUGGCGGAUAAGAUGGCGGAUAAGAUGGCGGAUAAGAUGGCGGAUAAGAUGGCGGAUAAGAUGGCGGAUAAGGGCUCCUUCAUGAAACCAUCCUCUCCUCUCCUUGACCAUGUCAGGCUUUCCACAUCGGCAACCAAGUGUCCGUCUUCCCAUUCCCAUCUUUAGCAUCUGGUCAUCUGGUGUUCCGCCUUUUUUAAACCGACAACCAACCAGCAGCUGCCUCUCAUGAAUAUUAAUAAUCUGCCUGAUGAUGUCACACCAUGUCAACAUCAGCAGCAGCAGCACACUUUGUAGAUAGUCCCUAAGGCCGUGGACUCGUUGACCCAUCAUUGACACGUAUUGAUGGAGGUAUUGAUCAGGUAUGGAUGGAUACAGACCUGAUCUGAUCUGAUCUUCAGACCGGUGUAAAAAUAGCUAGCUAUGCAGUUAGCACAUGUGGACCAGCCCGAUGACCGUCAGACGCCAUCAAAAAAGGGAUCCAAAGACCUGGUCUUCAACGCCAAACAUGGGACAUUGAAACGUGACUACGAGACUACGUGGAGUUCGAUUUUCUGAUGAGAAAAAAAUGGAACCUUGACGGUUCCCAGACGGCUUCCAACAUUCCUGGGAUGACAAGGAGAUCCUCCUGAGAUGUUGUGCUUUUUCAUUCAGUGGAACACUGGAGGAGUUCCAGGUGGUGCGGGGUUGUCAAACGGCGGUCGGUCAUGACCGAGGACCCUGAUCUGUGUGGUACCAGCUGGGUUCUUCACCAGGACAGCGCUGGAGUUCUUGAUGCUGGCUGGACCAAGGACUUGAAGGUCCACAUGUGCUAACGCUGCGUUCUAGCUAGGUCUCACCGGUCUUGGAUUGGGAUCAGGUCUGGUUGUCGGGGGUGAGGCUGUGUUUUUCCUAAACAACCAUACUUACUCGUGUUUUCUUUCUGGGAGAUGAAUUUGGACGUAUUAUGCAACAAGUAAAGUAGUAUUUUUCAUACUUGCAAUAUUUCCCUGCUCUGAUCGUGUAUGAAGUGCAUUCCACACACAUACUACAGUAUACUACAUAGAGUAUGUAUUUAUAGACAUGCUGUAUUUUCUUAUGCUAUUUAUUUAUGGCUGUUGAGUGUUAUUUAUGACGGACAGAUGGAAUAAAACCUUUUCUUUCGUACACCCUGAUGCUUAUACUGUAUAUUCAUCAAGUACACUCUAGUACUUUAUAUCACCUUUAGUAGAAAUACCAUGAAAGGUGUACAUAUAGUACUGCAUAUGCAUAGUACGCUUGCAGGAUAAAUAUUUAGUAAAUAUUGCCGCUACAAGUCUUAUUUUCCAUCAUGAGUGAGACCCCCCCCCACACCCCGCCCCCAUCCCUACCCCCGCCCCAUGUGCUUCCAAGCAAGCCACGGUGCCUUCAAGGCCACGUUUGUCACAUCAGUAAGCGGGCCAGUGAUGCAUGCUAUCUCCACCGCCCUUCAACGACCUUGGCACCCCUCCAAAGAACAUCAUCCGAUCAUCAUCCACACCGCAAGCUCAUUAGCUAAUGUUAGCAACAUUAGCUAAUGUUAGCAACAUUAGCCCGCGCUGGCGCCGCUUCCUGAUGGUGUCAACGUACGUUUCUUGAACAACUCAUUUUGGGAAAACAACUGCUGACAAUGUUCACCUAUGAGACAAAAGCUUUACAGGAAGUAUGUUAUUCCAAUAACAUUGGCUCCAAAUAUUCCAGAAUAAAUAGCAUCCAUGCUGAAAGUAGUGACGUUAUGACAAAGAAAACAUUUGGGGGAAAUGAGAUGUCAUGUUGUUCCAUAAAGUCAAAACGAGAAGAACAUUGACCAGAUGAAAGUUCAAAUAGUAAUUUGUGUGUGGCGGUGUGAAAGUGUCUGUGACGUCUGAAUGUGUCUGUGGUGGCCUGAAUGUUUCUGUGGCGUUCUGAAUGUGUCUGUGACGGUCUGAAUGUGUCUGUGAUGGUCUGAAUGUUUCUGUGACGUUCUGAAUGUGUCUGUGACGGUCUGAAUGUGUCUGUGAUGGUCUGAAUGUGACUGUGGCGGUCUGAAUGGGUCUGUGGCGGUCUGAAUGCAUCUGUGGCGAUCUGAAUGUGUCUGUGACAGUCUGGCUGUGUGUGCGGUGGUGUCAAUGUGUCUGUGACAGUCUGAAUGUGUCUGUGGCGGUCUGAAUUUGUCUGUGACGGUCUGAAUAUGUCUGGCGGUCUGAAUGUGACUGUGACGGUCUGAAUAUGUCUGUGGCAGUCUGAAUGUGUCUGUGACGUGUGAAUGUAUCUGUGAUGGUCUGAAUAUGUCUGGCGGUCUGAAUGUGACUGUGACGAUCUGAAUGUGUCUGUGAUGGUCUGAAUGGGUCUGUGGCGGUCUGAAUGGUCUGUGGCGGUCUGAAUGUAUCUGUGACAUCCUGAAUGUGUCUGUGACGGUCUGAAUAUGUCCGUGGCAGUCUGAAUGUGUCUGUGGCGGUCUGAAUGUGUCUGUGACGGUCUGAAUGUGUCUGUGACAGUAUGACUGCGUGUGCAGCGGUGUGAAUGUGUCUGUGACGGUCUGAAUGUGACUGUGACGGUCUGAAUGUGUCUGUGAUGGUCUGAAUGGGUCUGUGACGGUCUGAAUGUGUCUGUGGCGGUCUGAAUGGUCUGUGGCGGUCUGAAUGUAUCUGUGACAUUCUGAAUGUGUCUGUGACGGUCUGAAUAUGUCCGUGGCAGUCUGAAUGUGUCUGUGGCGGUCUGAAUAUGUCCGUGGCAGUCUGAAUGUGUCUGUGGCGGUCUGAAUGUGUCUGUGGUGGUGUGAAUGUGUCUGUGGCGGUGGAAGAACAUUGACCAGAUGAAAGUUCAAAUAGUUGCAAAAUAAAGCAAAGAUGAGAAAGAUGAGAAACGGAACAAACGGAGAAUAAAGUCCAAAUAUUGAAGGAAAACGUGUUCCUCUAGCAUUAGCAUUAGCAUUAGCAUUUGCUGGCUUGUGUUCGUGUUGUGUAAAAAUAGGUUUACUUGUGCAAACGUAUGCUGACACUGUGCUCCUUCGUUAGGAGUUUACUUUGGUUAUCAUUUGGUUACCAUUACGAUUACCAUUAAAUGAUUGUAUUAUUAUUAUUAUUACAAUGAAAAAUAGAAUAAACAUAAUAAACACCACCAGAGUUAUUACUCUAAAAUGUUGUUGACAGAUGAAAAGGAUUUUCUCUUCCUGGGAAACGUCUGCCUGAGCUUGUUUCCUAAACAGAGAAGCAGAGCUGGGGGAGGGCAGAGGGUUUCCAUAUAAGGAAGUCGCCCCUCUGUGACAUCACAAAGGAACGGUUUUACCACGCCCUCUGACACCAAGCGUUUAGAGCUGGUUUAACACCACAAUACAACAUUCUAACUACAUUUAGAAAAGCCAAUCAAUAUCGAAUAUCAUAAAAAUACUAAUCUUUUUAAUCCUAAUAUUAGACCACAAAUCCUAGAUAUUCAAAUACAUCAGAAGUAUGUCAAUAAAAUAAUCCUUCUAGCAAAAUAACCAAUAUUAUUCCAAUCAAUGGUAAUUGUAAUUACCCUGCCAUUGGCUGGCCACUAGUCCAGCUGGGAUAGGCUCCAGCAUGCUCGUCGGCUGCUCGUCGAGAGGAACAAUAUGUCAAACGUGGGGACGUUUAUGGAUGGGCUUGCUGAAUCAGAUCCUUCCUGCUACGUCUUCUUAUCAGGCUCUCAGGAUGCCAUCAUGGGAACAACGUUUAUGUGUCUGUGACGGUCUGAAAGUGUCUGUGGCGGUCUGAAUGUGUCUGUGAUGGUCUGAAUGUGUCUGUGACGGUCUAAAUGUGUCUGUGACGGUCCAAAUGUGUCUGUGAUGGUCUGAAUGUAUCUGUGACGGUCUGAAUGUGUCUGUGAUGGUCUGAAUGUAUCUGUGGCGGUCUGAAUGGGUCUGUGACGGUCUGAAUGUGUCUGUGGCGAUCAGAAUUUGUCUGUGGCGGUGUGAAAGUGACUGUGAUGUCUGAAUGUGUCUGUGGCAGUGUGAAAGUGUCUGUGAUGGUCUGAAUGUGUCUGUAGCGUUCUGAAUGUGUCUGUGACGGUCUGAAUGUGUCUGUGAUGUCUGAAUGUGUCUGUGGCGGUCUGAAUGGGUCUGUGAUGUCUGAAUGUGUCUGUGGCGGUCUGAACGGGUCUGUGACGGUCUGAAUGUGUCUGUGAUGGUCUGAAUGUGUCUGUGGCGGUCUGAAUGGGUCUGUGGCGGUCUGAAUGUGUCUGUGGCGAUCUGAAUGUGUCUGUGACAGUAUGACUGUGUGUGCAGCUGUGUGAAUGUGUCUGAUGUCUGAAUGUGUCUGUGGCGGUCUGAAUGUGUCUGAUGUCUGAAUGUGUCUGUGGCGGUCUGAAUGGGUCUGUGAUGUCUGAAUGUGUCUGGCGGUCUGAACGGGUCUGUGACGGUCUGAAUGUGUCUGUGAUGGUCUGAAUGUGUCUGUGGCGGUCUGAAUGGGUCUGUGACUGUCUGAAUGUGUCUGUGGCGAUCUGAAUGUGUCUGUGACAGUAUGACUGUGUGUGCAGCGGUGUGAAUGUGUCUCUGGCGGUCUGAAUGUGUCUGUGGUGGUCUGAAUGUGUCUGUGAUGGUCUGAAUGUGUCUGUGGCGGUUUGAAUGGGUCUGUGACGGUCUGAAUGUAUCUGUGGCGGUCUGAAUGUGUCUGUGACGGUCUGAAUGUGUCUGUGACAGUCUGAAUGUGUCUGUGGCGGUCUGAAUGUGUCUGUGACGGUCUGAAUGUGCCUGUGACAGUCUGAAUGUGUCUGUGGCGGUCUGAAUGUGUCUGUGACGGUCUGAAUAUGUCUGUGGCAGUCUGAAUGUGUCUGUGACGUGUGAAUGUGUCUGUGAUGGUCUGAAUGGGUCUGUGGCGGUCUGAAUGGUCUGUGGCGGUCUGAAUGUAUCUGUGACAUCCUGAAUGUGUCUGUGACGGUCUGAAUAUGUCCGUGGCAGUCUGAAUGUGUCUGUGGCGGUCUGAAUGUGUCUGUGACGGUCUGAAUAUGUCUGUGGCAGUCUGAAUGUGUCUGUGAUGGUCUGAAUGGGUCUGUGACGGUCUGAAUGUGUCUGUGGCGGUCUGAAUGGUCUGUGGCGGUCUGAAUGUAUCUGUGACAUUCUGAAUGUGUCUGUGACGGUCUGAAUGUGUCUGUGGCGGUCUGAAUGGUCUGUGGCGGUCUGAAUGUGUCUGUGACAUUCUGAAUGUGUCUGUGAUGGUCUGAAUGUGUCUGUGACAUUCUGAAUGUGUCUGUGGCGGUCUGAAUAUGUCCGUGGCAGUCUGAAUGUGUCUGUGGCGGUCUGAAUGUGUCUGUGACGGUCUGAAUAUGUCUGUGGCAGUCUGAAUGUGUCUGUGAUGGUCUGAAUGGGUCUGUGACGGUCUGAAUGUGUCUGUGGCGGUCUGAAUGGUCUGUGGCGGUCUGAAUGUAUCUGUGACAUUCUGAAUGUGUCUGUGACGGUCUGAAUGUGUCUGUGGCGGUCUGAAUGGUCUGUGGCGGUCUGAAUGUAUCUGUGACAUUCUGAAUGUGUCUGUGACGGUCUGAAUGUGUCUGUGACAUUCUGAAUGUGUCUGUGGCGGUCUGAAUGUGUCUGUGACGGUCUGAAUGUGUCUGUGACGUGUGAAUGUGUCUGUGGUGGUGCGAAUGUGUCUGUGGCGGUGUGAAUGUGUCUGUGGCGGUGUGAAUGUGUCUGUGGCGGACAUAAAGAAGCACCACGAGAGGAGAGGAGAGGUGGAGGAGAAGGUGUUUAAUGGCAGCUUCAGGUGAGCAUGGUGAUGUCGCUGCCGUCACAGAAACCUGCAGAAGAAGAAGAAGAAGAAGAAGAAGACAUGAAGGUCCAGCACGGCGGAGCGGCGUCGGUGCUGAGAGCGGAACAGAACCUUCUUUGGGGUCAAACAUGAAGACGGGUUCUCCGGAGAAUCCCAAGCAGUGAGCCUGCUCCUUGAAGUGGUCCAGGUCCGCAUCCUUCGCGUGGUCCUGAUGUGCUGGAAAGACAAAGCGGAGAAUAAUAGUGAGGAGCGGCGUGGGGGGUACUUGGCGGCGCUCCUCUCACCAAGGAGGUAGACGGCGCGCAUGUUGAUGUGGUCGGGGAUGGCGAUGUCAUUGGGGAUGUGGAUGUGGAAGGUCUCCAGGAAGGCGCGGAGGUUGUGGGCGGAGCUGUUGCUGCUGAGCACCAUGCAGGAGUCACAGGCGGGCAACAGGUGGAAGGAGGUGGAGAUGUUGGCCACUGGCGAGCACGCGGACAGUCAGCGGGACGUCAAGGGGGCGGGGCUUGAAAGAAGUAAGACGUCUGACCUGAUGUGGACGCCACGUCGUGCUGAAUGCUGAUGUUGAAGUUGCUUCCGUAGCAGGUUCCGUUCCUGGAGGAGGACAUGGGCUUUACUCGGGAGCUGUGGAGAAGACAACGCAAACAACAACACGCUCACAUCCGCAUCUCCUCGUAGAGGACCACGUCCUUGGAAGCCCCAGACUCGCUGAUGGUCAUGCGAGUGCUUUGGGUGACCUUGAAGAUGCCGUUGUAGACGUCAUGGUCCGUGUAGGCCGAGAUCAAGUUCCACUUGCCCAACAUCUGAAAACAGCAGCGGCUGAACACGCUGAGGAUGCUAGCACGCUAACGUGGCGUUACCUUCUGGUGGUCGGCCAGGGACAGCGGCGUCACCCAAGGUGAGCAGUCCUUGUCCGAGGAGGCCACGCCCAAACACGCCAAGGCCGAGACGAACACACUCAGCAGCUUCAUGGCGACGCUGACCCUCCAUCGCUGGCGCUUCCUUUUAAAGCCGCGCCUCCUCGUGGCGCCCGCCUCUUUGUUUGACUUCACUUUGCUCUUUACUCUCAUGUCAAUCAUUCACACGCACACACACACACAUACACACACACACACAUACACGUUAUACACAUGUGCUUGCCAUCAUGGAGAACAUCUCCCAUGUGAUAUCAUUUACUGAAGAAGAUGUGCCACGAAGGCACCAAACCAGAUGGAUUACUUCUUCACCACGUCGUCUGAUGUGUGCGCGUGUUGCGUCCCGAACGCAUUACACUCACACACACGCACACACACACACACACACACACACACACACACUGUCAGGGUGCACGUGGGAACAUCGCUGUCAUUGAACCUUUCACUCAAAUAUUUUCAAUCGUGGGCCGCAUGAAGUUAACAAAACAAAUAUUUAACUCACACACUAUUUUAUGCUUAUGAUUUUCUUUGAAGGAUUUGUGUAAUUUGAUCUGUAAAAGUGUUAUUCUACCAGCUGUAUGUUCUUAUGUCCUUUUUUUUCAGGAGCGCUUGAACAUCACACCACAUCAAACUAUGUCAUUUCAUUUGACGGUUUUGUUGGCUUUUUUUUUACUAAAUAAUACACAAUAAUACAUAAUAAUAAUAACAUACGACUUAUGACGGCAAGUCAUGUUGCCACUUGGGAUGAUCAAAGUUGAAAUACUUAGAAAGCAAACGCUUGGUGGGCCGCAUGUGGCCCCCGGGCUGUAGUUUGCUCACCCCUGCACAACAUCCUCAGCUAGGUUCAUGCGUACUAACAUAUGAUAU